AGGGCCUCGCUCAGCGGCCUGUGCUACCUGAGCAUGGGCCUUCUCGUGCUGCUCCUCGGGCUGGUCUUCGCGUCCAUGUACGUGUACAGAUACUUCGUCGUCGCCCAGCUGCCCCGCGAGAGCGUGUUCCACUGCGGCGUCCUCUACGAGGACCCCCUGUCCUCGCCCCUCAGGGGGCAGCUGGAGCUGCGCGAGGACGUCAGGAUUUACCUCGAGGAGAACUACGAGCACAUCAACGUGCCCGUGCCCCAGUUCGGAGGGAGCGACCCUGCGGACAUCAUCCACGACUUCCAGCGGGGCCUGACCGCGUACCACGACCUCGCGCUGGACAAGUGCUACGUCAUCGAGCUCAACACCACCGUGGUGAUGCCCCCGCGCAACCUCUGGGAGCUGCUGGUUAACGUGAAGAAAGGGACGUACCGCGCCCGCCUGCGCGCGGCGCGGGCCCUGCGUAUAAGUCGGCGUGAGGCAGGAAGCUGUCAUCGCAUUCGUCACUUUGAAAACACUUUUGUGGUUGAAACUGUUAUCUGCAAGAAGUCAUGAAGGCCCUGUCCAGCUGUGCUUUUCCUUGGCUUUGCUUGCACACACACAUACACGCUCUCAGC